CUUUUGAAGAUGGCACCAGAUAUUCCAUUAAAUAUUAAUAUCAAGGAGCCCCGAUGGGAUCAAAGCACUUUUCUUGGACGAGCCAAUCACUUCUUCACUGUAACAGACCCCAGGAAUAUUUUGUUAUCUGAUGCCAAAUUGGAAAAUGCAAGAAAAAUUGUUCACGAUUACAGACAAGGUAUUGUGGCACCUGGCUUGACAGAAGAUGAGCUGUGGAGAGCAAAAUACAUCUAUGAUUCAGCUUUCCACCCAGACACUGGAGAGAAGAUGUUUGUGAUCGGUCGAAUGUCUGCCCAGGUCCCCAUGAACAUGACUAUCACAGGCUGCAUGAUGACCUUUUACAGAUCGACUCCAGCAGUGCUUUUCUGGCAGUGGGUCAACCAGUCCUUCAAUGCUGUAGUAAAUUACACAAACAGGAGUGGGGAUGCCCCAAUCACUGUCAGCCAGCUGGGAACAGCCUAUGUUUCUGCCACCACAGGUGCUGUCGCUACAGCCUUAGGACUUAAUUCACUAGCAAAGCGCGUCUCUCCUCUCAUAGGGAGGUUUGUUCCUUUUGCUGCUGUUGCUUCUGCCAACUGCAUCAACAUUCCACUAAUGAGACAAAGGGAGCUCAAAUUUGGAAUUCCUGUCACAGAUGAGGAUGGAAAAAGACUGGGUGAUUCAUCCAGGGCAGCUCAGCAGGCAAUUGCCCAGGUGGUGAUAUCCAGGAUUCUGAUGGCUUCUCCUGGCAUGGCAAUUCCUCCCUUCAUAAUGAACACCCUGGAAAAGAAGGCCUUUUUAAAGAAAUUUCCUUGGAUGAGCGCUCCCAUUCAGGUUGGAUUAGUUGGAAUCUGUCUCGUGUUUGCAACUCCCCUGUGUUGUGCACUGUUUCCUCAGAAAAGUUCUAUGUCGGUGUCACGCUUGGAGCCAGAUUUGCAAACCAGGAUCAAAGAAAACGCUCCUGGCCUAGACCGUGUGUACUUCAAUAAAGGAUUAUAAUC